AUGUCACAAGCUGAUGCAUGCUCUCUGCUCUCCUCUAAUCCAUCGCAGAUCAACGAUUUUGUGAAGCUGGGGGGAGCACAGAUGAUGCCGUACUAUGCAGCUGUGGUGGGCGCCAUUCUGCCCUGCAUCGCUGACAGGGAGGAGAAGAUUGCUGCGAUAGCUCGCGACACCAAUGAGGAGCAGCUGGCGAGGGUGAGGGAGCAGAGCGUGGCUGAUGGCUUCGACGUGCGGGCAGUUGUGGAGAUUGCCAGGCGGGAGCUGAGCAGCAGCUGGGAGGCCACAAGGCUGGAGGCGCUUGCAUGGAUUGCCACCCUUCUGCACCGCUUCCCACACCAGCUCCUGAACCUCAUGGAUGAUCCAUCCACUGCUCUUCUCGAGUCCUUGCUUGCGGCGCUGGCAGACGACUCAGACCAGGUGGUGCUAGGGGCGCUGUCAGUGCAGGCCACAGUGGCCAGCCACCCGCACCACUUCCACCGCCUGCUGCUGCUCCUCCUCCUGCGCUUCAACUCCGACCGCGCCCUCCUUGACAGCCUCUCCCUCUUCUCUUGCUGCUGCUCCUCCUCCUGUGCUUCAAAUCCGACCAUGCCCUCCUUGACAGGUGCCCUCUCUCCUCUCUGCAUGCUCCCCCACUCUGCUUGCUUUCCCUCUCUCUGCAUGCUCCCCCACUCUGCUUGCUUUCCCUCUCUCUGCAUGCUCCCCCACUCUGCUUGCUUUCCCUCUCUCUGCAUGCUCCCCCACUCUGCUUGCUUUCCCUCUCUCUGCAUGCUCUCCUGGCGGGGCAGCAUCAUCAUCCGCCAUCUCUGCGCCAUGCUAGACGCUGAUAAAGUCCUCAGGGAGCUGGCCUUCAUUCUUCAGAACGAGUCUGACUGUCAGUUCGCCGCCACCAUCGUGCCCACGCUCUCCCUCAUCCUCCUCACCACUCCUCCCCUUUCGCCCGACUCCCUCCCCUUUCCCCAUCCUCACUCUGACAAGCUGCUAUUUUUUUUCCCACCCCUUCCUCUCUUCUCCACACACAGGCGUGGCAGCAUCAUUAUUCGGCACCUGUGUGCCAUGCUGGACGCUGAUAAAGUCCUCAGAGAGCUAGCCUUCAUUCUACAGAACGAGUCCGACUGUCAGUUCGCCGCCACUAUCGUGCCAACGCUCUCCCUCAUCCUCCUCACUGCCCCCGAGCUCGCCCCCAUCCGCUCCAAGCUCCUGAGCCUGUGCCUGCUGGCCCAGGCGUACGAGCAUGCGUGGUGCAUCGUGGACGCGUUAGAGGAGAGCGACCUGUCCCUCAGCCUCAUGGUGCAGGUGGGUGGGUGGAGAGAAGCGUCUUUGCUGGAUCCUUCCCGUUCUCCUGCUCUCCUGAAAGCACUCUACGGCCUGCUCAUGCUGCUGCCACAGCACGGAGUGGCCUUCAGAGUGCUACACACGCGCCUCUCCACCUUCCCCCCUUCCUUCAUGCUCCCCUUUUUCAUGGAGUGGCCUUUAGAGUGCUACACACGCACCUCUCCGCCGUCCCCUCGCCCUUCCCCUUUUGAUUCCCUCUUUCUCCCUACUGUUUCCCAUCCCUUCUCACCACUUCCCACCCCUUCCCACCCAUCCUCACAGCACGGAGUGGCCUUCAGAGUGCUACACACACGCCUCUCCACCGUCCCCUCGCCCUCCAUGCUCCACCCCACUCCUCCCCCCACCCCCUCCUUCCCACUCUACUCCACCUCCUCCUACCUGCCUCACCCAGCAAUCCCUCUAACCGCCUCCUUUGCACCUACCACACUCCCUCCACACCUCUCUUCCGCUCCUGCCUCUUUCUCCUCCAAGCCCUCCUCUCGCUCCUCCUCCCCUCCACCUCACUCCUCCCUCUACGGCCCACUCCCCCACUCCCACCUCCUCUCCUCUGCUUCAGCAUCAGUAUUGGGAUCUGCUUCGCAGCCCAUUUCCAUUCCAUCGCUCAGCAGUAAUGCUGGAGCAGCAGCAGGCACGGGAAGCAGCCAAGAGGAGCGCAUGGGAGCAGGACAAAGCCCAUCUGCUCCUUCCGCCACUCCCACUGCCACUGCCACUGCUGCUGUUCCAGCCAUUCCCUCAGCGGGUCCAGCGUUUCCCCUCGCUGCUGCUGCCAUGCGCAGUCCUGGGAUGGGUGGUGGUGAUGAUGGGCGGUUGGGGAGUGGGGUGGGCAGAGGGGGAGUGUCGCUGUCACAGCAUGGAGGUGGGGGGUUCUUUCAACCAUUACAGCAGGAGUAG